UAUUAUCAUUAUACGCUCAGUAUUUCCUGGUCGGGAAAAUUUAUUUUAAACAUUUUAUUAAGGUUAUUUUGUAGAAGGAUCACACAGGAAACUUGGGAAAUUGUGAAUUGUGUUCGGUGUGGGAUAUUACGGAUUAAAUCUCCCCUGAUUCCAAGUUGGGGACCGGCGAAUGAUGGAUGAUUCAACCCUUUCCUCUUAUCCCUCUUCUUGGAGUUUAACGUCGCGUUCCCCUUUGAUCAAGAAACGUUUGUCUCGCUCCGAUUCUGGUGGUUCACUUCCGGACAAUAUACUAGAUAAAAGAGACGCGAAAGGUCGGACGACAUUUUUCAAUGCCACAAAAGUUGGGGAUUUAGACGAAGCGAAACGACUGUUAAAUGCAGGGUCAGAUGUCAACAAAGGGGAUAUCUACAGGGUUACACCCCUCCAUGAAGCUGUAGAAAGAUCAAACUUAGAGGUUGUCGAAUUUCUGGUGUCAAAAGGAUGCGACCUGAAUGCCAAGACGAUCCUAGGACAAACACCGUUAAUGAGAGCUGUUCUGUACGAUGAUGUUGACCUUGUUAGAUACCUUCAUAAAGCAGGUGCUCGACUGGAUGAGAGGGAUUGCACAGGUAAAACAGCACUUCUUAUUGGAAUCCAAGAAGGACGAACGGAAGCAUGCAGGUAUUUAAUGAAAAACGGAUGUGACGUAAACAUACAUGAUCGACUAGGACACACGCCCAUGAUGAUGGCUCUAAGGGGAGGCAAAACACCGAAUUUUUACAUCGGACGCAAACUUGUCAAAUUUGGAUACGAUCUCAAGAAAGACGAGAAAUGGAUGACACAAGAAGAACUAGAGGCAGUUAAUGUCAAGCCAAACGUAGUGGACAAAAUCUGCUCCAAAUUAGGGAUAACACUAAAACGAAGUCCCUCCAGUGCCAGUAAAAAAGACAAAAAUGAAAGUUAAACAGGCUGCUUUGUAUACAUCAGAUCUUACAAUCGCUAAUGAGAGAAAUGUGCACAAAUAGAUAUGAUAUGCUUUCAGGGAUUCAAGAUACAAUCAUACACUUAACUUGUUUCAACGAUUGCAAAUAGUUAUUUCGUUCUAUUCAUUACAACUACAACUUGACAAGCGAGAAAAUCAAUCAUUGAGGCCAGUAAUGAUUAAAACGAAGACAUCAAUCGUUCCUUUAUAUACUUUUUUUUAUGAAAGGAACUGAGGGUUGAAACAUUUUAUGGAUGCUACAACAUACAAGUUCUACAAAUCAGAUUAUGUCCUUCCUAUAUUUAUCUAGACUACAUGCUAACAAAAAAAUAAUUUUCAUUAUGCACUUUGUACAAAUUUUGAUGCAAUAAAGAUUUUUUUUUAUUUAC